ACUAUCUCCACACCGACAUUAUAAAAAAGGAAUAUAUAUAUCUGUGCUCGUUAACGGGGUCUCGUUCUGCUUCUUGGGGGUGACGAUUGUUAGCAGUAAUGUUCCGUUAGCAUCACUAUGGAAUGUUUGUAACGAGAGAGAGAAAGAGAGUUGGAUAGACAAGAUAAAAGAAAGAAUUUAAGGCGCUACGGCUACUUGAACGACAAACUGAGCAGCUGCUGUAAUGGAGAGGCGUCAAGGACCCAUUAAUCCUUGUUUCUUGGGAGAGCAUUUGAAUGUGGAGUGCUUGGAACAAGAAUUUCUCAACUCGGGGGCCUUAAGAUUUGAAGAAGAAGAAGAGGGUACAAACUUCUCUUCACCGAGCUUAGAUGACAAAAUGCCAUUUCUGCAGAUGCUUCAAAGUGUAGAAACCCCAUCUGUUUUCCCUUUCAAAGAACCCAACUUUCAAACACUUUUGAGACUCCAACAUCUGAAAAAACCAUGGGAUGUAAUAAACCCUAACGUCUCUGAAACGGAAAACCAAAUCCAAUUCUUAGAACUUGAAAGUUGUAUCACCCAAGAAAUAUUAGACCUGCAUUCACCCGUCAAAUCACAAUCAGAAACAAAAGAUCUCCAAAACCCACAUUCAACUUCAUGCCUGGAAGGUGCGAGCUCAGAAUCUAACCAUGACCAACCCAAACCAGUAGAAAUCUCUCACUCUAACCCACAAAAAAAGCCUAAACGCACCCAGUUCUCGGAAUGCCUUUCAGUCACUCGAGAAAAAAGAAAAAGAAAAAGAACUAAACCAACGAAGAACGAAGAAGAAGUAGAGAGCCAACGCAUGACUCACAUAGCAGUCGAACGUAACCGCAGACGUCAAAUGAACGACCAUCUCACCACUCUCCGUUCUCUCAUGCCUCCAUCUUACGUCCAAAGAGGUGACCAAGCAUCCAUUAUUGGUGGUGCAAUAGACUUCUUGAAGGAACUGGAGCAACUUUUAGAAUCACUUGACGCCCAAAAGAGAAUGAGAAUCGAAAAAACCACCGUAGAGGGUUGUGAUAGUGCAACGUUGAGAAGCUCUACCGACAAGGCCAACGGACUUUUGGCAGUGAGUUCUCAAAUGGUGAAUUGUGAAGGGCAAGUGAAGGACGAGUACAAGUCAAGUGGGGCAAAGAUUGAGGUGACUGUGAUUCAAAAUCAUGUUCAUCUGAAGAUUCAGUGUCCAAGGCGACCUGGUCAAUUGUUAAAAGCCAUUGUUGCACUUGAAAACCUUAGGCUUACAUUUUUGCACCUCAAUAUUAUUACAUCCUCCCAAACUACAGUUUAUUACUCUUUCAAUCUCAAGAUAGAGGAUGAGUGUAAGCUAAGGUCAGCGGACGAGAUAGCAGCAGCAGUUCAUCAAAUAUUUAGCUACAUCAACGGUAGUUGAAUGGUAAAAUGGUUGAAGAUAAUCGACUCAAUUGCUUAGGAAGUGUUGAACAAAUCAAGCUAGAAAAAAUCAAAAUAGGGUGUCUGGAAAUGGAGGGAGGGUGAAGUUGCUGUAAAAAAGAGGUUGCAUUUGCAGGACAAAGCAUGUGAUGUUUAUAAGUUAACCUCAAAGAAGUUGCUUUGUUUGUUAAUUAACAAGAAAUUAAAAUUACUGUGUUUGUAUGUAAAUUGAAUUAUUUAGGUUGUGGGUGGGCAAGGAUGAGAGAGAAUAGAUGGGACCAGACGAGUUUGGUCUCUGGUUGAGGAGUUUGAAAUUAUCUAAUUCUCAUGAUUACAAAUUGUGGAAGGAUGCUUCUCUUUUUAUAUUGACUUUGGCCUAUGUCCGUAUGUACAGAGAUAUGUGGGUGUUUCAUCAUUA